GUUGUGUUGCUUACGUCACAGCUCCUCAUAAAAGUUGUCGAACGCGGAAGUGGAGCAGAAAUCGUCCGAAAGAAAGCGGAAGUUUAGAGUCAAACUCGGUUCGGACCUCGUUCUCGUCGCUGGAACUGAAGGAAACUGCCGCCAUGACGGAAGUGUACUCCACCACCACGGCCCCCAACCCCAAGAACUCCUGCUUCCUGGUUCCCUCCAAACUGCUGGAUUGGAACCAGUUUGUCUUAAAGGCGGCUGAAGUGCUCCUGUCCCUGGUGGCCUUCGUCCUGGAGGAGCUGGUGUCCAGCUGCAUCAGCUGCACCCCCCUGUACUUCUUCGAGUUCGUCAGCUGCACGGCGUUCCUCUUCACCGCGCUGCUCCUCAUCCUCCUCUCCACCAGCCUGCACCAGAAGGUCGGCAUCUCCUGCUGGUCCAAACUGGACUUUGUUUACACGGCGGGGAUCUCCAUCCUCCUCCUGAUCUCCUCCAUCGUGUUCGCCGCCAGUAACACCGGGUCCAAUCUGGAGAAGGUUGCUGUGGUCUUUGGAUUCUUGGCGCUCCUGGCGUUCCUCUUAGAUGUUGGUUACUUCGUGAAGACCCGCGGGUUUCCCUUCAGAACCGACCCGGCUCCUGGUGUCAGUAACGGCGGCCCGGCGGUGGUGGCGACUCAUGAGACGGAGAGGCUCAACGAGCAGCCAUAAGUCUGCUCCACGUCCAUCUUCGUUUUAGCCGUAGGCGGAGCUUCAAUGGUUCCUGUCUGUCAUUGGUGGAUUUCCCCCCCCCCCACGUGGCCGUCAUUCAUUUAACGUGAAAACACGACAGUUCUUCAGAAACAUGUAGACACUAAAACUUCUGCUGUCUUUGCUUUCUGCUGCUUCAGAGAUUCACUAAACUCCUGCAGACGGUCUGGACGGGUCAGAACCGGAUCUUUGUCCUCCUGAGGUUCUGAGUAUCAGAACAAACAGUUUCUUGAUCUCUGCACCCAGAGAGGGAGGAGUGGCUCCUCCCUCUCUGGGUGCAGAGAGGGAGGCGCCACUCCUCCUCGGAUCCUCCUGCAGUCCUCAUGUUCUGGCUGCUGCUGGGAUGUUUUCAGUCCAGAACCGGAGCGGUUCUGCUCUGCUGUCCAUUAGUGCCUUUAAAGGUCCUGAAGGACCAAGCUCCGCCCCUCAGCCUGGUCCUCGGCUCUUCACGGGGCGGGACAUUCCUGGUGGAGCGCCCCCUGCAGGUCUGUUUGUAAUGUUCCUGGGGAGGACCUGCAGGGGGCGCCGUCCCUCAGAGCUCAGGUCUGCUUCUGCUUCGCUGGCUGCUGUUUUCUAUCCUCUGCUGCUGAAUUUCUGUACUUCCACUCAUUGGCUGGUUCUGAUGUCAUGGUUCUGAUCCGCCCAGUCUUUUCCUGAAGUUUCCACAUCAGAAUCAUUUCUGUUCUGUUGAGUUUAGAUGAUCUCCUGAUCAACUGAAACCGGUUUGAAAACGUUUCUCUGUUCUGAUGUGAGGACGCAGCGUCUCCACCGGGUCUGGUCCUGGUCCGGCCCGGUCCAGCAGGUGGCGCUGUUGGCCAGGCUGUGGUCAGCUCCUCUGGAUCUUCAGUUUGGAAGGUCUGCUGACUGGAUGGAAGUUCUGAAGUUCUGCUGGAGGUUCUGGUUCUGGUUUCUGCUGAAGUCUGUUUUCGUCUGAAACGGCCGUUUCUGUUCUGUGGAUCUUUUUAAAUGAUUUUAUUGAAGCGUUUUUUACUUUGAUCUGUUACAGACUUUAGUGUUUGUGAGUGAAGACAUGAAGAACUGAAGGUUUCACUCUUUUAGCCGACAAUCUGCCUUUUUAAGGAUUUUUUUUUAAAAUUGAAAUGUUUUGUAAUUUGGUUCUUCUGUGCCUUGGUGUGAGUUUGGCGCCGCUCUGCUGGACGCCGCUCUGCAGGACGCCGCUCUGCAGGACGCCGCUCUGCAGGACGCCGCUCUGCAGGACGCCGCUGUGGCCUUUGUUCUGAUUAACGAUAAAGACGUUUUCACAAAACA